AUGGGCUGGGUGCACAACAGUUCCCCUGAUGUCGAGGCUACUUCCCAGUACCCUCUCAUUCUUGGUAUAUGUUUGAGUCUAACUGUCUUGAUGGUCAUCACGGUCUGUCUGCGGUUGUUUGUCCGGGUCAAGGUUGGGCGAUUAGCAGCAGCUGACUAUGUGAUGGUUGGUAGCAUGAUUUUUAGUAUCAUCUACAGCGCAUUAUGCAUUUCGCAAAGUCGAUAUGGACUCGGACUACCUAUCAAGUUGCGCCCCGACGCGGAUUAUGCGACAUAUUCCAAGUUAAACUAUGCGGGACGUCCUUUCUACCAAAUUGGGAUUGGAGGUUUUAAGGCCUCACUCUGUCUCAGCUACCACCGACUGAUCUCAGGGACCUCGAAGCACAUAUAUCGAAUUAUAAUCUGGGCCGUGAUCGCGGUGUCUACCGCGGGUCAUAUCGCUGGCGCGCUCAUCUUGAUCUUCAAUUGCACCCCGGUUCGCCGAGGAUGGAAUAUGCACGUCCCCGGGACUUGUCUUCCCGUCGGAGCAACCUUCUACGGCCUCGCCAUCUUUACCAUAAUAUGUGAUGUGGUCAUCAUAGUCUUGCCGAUUCCACUACUUCUCAGUUUGAACAUCAAAACAGCCCAAAAGGCAGGCGUGGUGUGCCUGUUUCUGUUGGGUCUGUUCACUACGAUAUGUUCAAUCCUGCGCCUGACACAGAUUCAACGCGUGGCAUUUGGGGACGGAAAUUCGACCAUGCUUGUGUUAUGGGGAACGAUUGAGUUCAAUGUGGGGAAUAUUGUUACCUGUGCUCCAUAUUUGGCGCCCUUGCUGAAAGGACUCGCUCGAGGCCUCAAUUCCAGCAGUGGAAAGACUAAACGGUAUUAUACUGACAGCCGAGGCAGAAGUUAUGCGUUGGAAAAUUGGUCAAAAGACCAACGUUCGCAAUUGCAAUCGACGGCUUCUGGUCCGGUGCAACCAAGGCGAACACCUAGCGAGGAGCUCAUUUUAGCCAGUCAGGAGCCAGAUCCUGGGUGUAUCGAGAUGACGGUGGAAUACAGUGUAUCAUUAGAAGGCAGGUCGACCAAGCAGGACACAUAA